AUGCUGCACCGCGGCAAGCCCAAAGACUCGUCCUCCUCGAAGAGGAAGGUUACGCCACCUUCACCUACCUAUAUGAACAAUGAGCAAUUUGCUGCUUACCUAGCCGGCCUGCGCGAGAACCGUGUGAAUCGUCCUGGCGGAGCUCGACCCCUACCUCCUUCGACAAGGUCAAGACCCAGCACCGUUGAGCAAUUCACUACUCCUGGUCGACCAUCGAUUGCGGGUGACUCUAUCCGAUCCGAGAUACCCCAAGGCCAUCAGAGAACAGACUCCGACGGCUCCAGGCCGCGAGGUAGCCGCCCAAAUAUUGCUGGUAGCGUGAUAUCACGCUACUCUAUGAGCACUGUUACCUCUGGCAAAGACUACUUUCCGGAUAAGCCCGCGACUCCUCCUCUACGACCGUCGGAAGUCGUUCCCAGCGCUACAUACAUCGAACGUGGCCAGAGAUGGAUGGAGAAGGAGGAAGCCUUCUCACUUCAUCAAGCUAUGGAGGCCAUCGAUGUGAAGGACGACCAGGAGGAAGAGAAGGAACAAGAUGACGAGACACGUCUAUAUAACGCCGCCUUGGAUGAAGCCGCUGAGCUAGUUUACCGUCACGAACAUGGCAUUAAAGAACGUGCGCCUGACGCACCGUAUCGAUAUAAACCCCAUAUGCGGAAGAACAGCUAUGCGCAUGCCCGGACAGCUUCUGUUGGGCGUUACGGUGAUGAUAUUGGCCGAACGGGGCUCGCCCGAGAUUCUGUGCGUUCAUACUCUGGGAGCUCCUCCGGGAGUGACAGAGACUCAUCUCCUGGUAGUAACCGUGGGAGUCUAGAUCAGCAGCGUGAUAUUAGCGCGGGUCCUGCAAAUCCAAGGCCUCGUGUAAGCUCUGGGAGUCGUCGUCGAAGUAGUAUGAGGCGCAAUAUCAGCGGUGAGAUAGAGAAGCCUUUCUCUGGAGACCAGAUAUGGGAGGAACCGGAAGGAACAGCCGCUGAAGAGACAACCAGAAGACAACCUCAACUACCUGGUCAUUCGCAGCCGCUGGGCGUCAAGACAAGAAACCCCCCAAACAGCAAAGUCCAAUUCUCUCUCGCUUCUUCGGAUGACCCUAACUCGAACCCCAUCACCACUCCUUCGAAACCCUUCUCGCGGACUGAGAUUCACAAGAAUCCCCCUUCACAGUCACGAAACGCCAACUACAUGAGAAAUGAACUCUCUGAAUCUCCUCGGGCCUCUCAAGAUGUGCCGAGGAAAAACGGAGUUGAGAUACGCAGUGACGAUAUCCGUCAAGCGACCAGCAUGCGGCUCAGCGACCGUAGUUCCAAACUCCCCACUCCGUCUGCGGUCAGCGAUAGCCCCGGACGUCCAAUCGUAAGCUUUGACAAAAACUGGAAAGCCCCGGAAGAGGCGGCUACUGAUCCCAAGCCAGACGAGUUCCGCCGAGUCCCUUACGCAAAAGAGCAUCAAUCGGGACCGCAAGGUCCGCAGCCGCCUGUACCUUCUAUCGUUUGUACGCCGGAUAUUCCGACCUCGGCGCCGCGAAACGCGAAUCCAUUCCGUCGUCCAGCGCCCAUCCCAAGUAUUCAGGUAGAUUCGGAUGACAAGCCUCGGAUUCCGACUAUUGCUGUUUCAGAUGAUCAUGACCAUCGUCCCGUACCCAUGAUCGUCCUGCCGGAUACUGAGGACAAUAGCCACGACAGCAAUAAUACCCCAAACAUCCCAGUCAUCGUCACACCUGAUGAUGAUGUGCCUUCAAAGUCAUCUGCUAGGCCUUUACCAGACCCAAAAUCAGCAUCAUCACGUACUCGUAAUCCUCCAGUCGGAGGUGGCCGUCCCCGAGGUCAUUGGUCCCCGGCCCCAGGAGCCAAGAGCCGCAGCACAGCAACCUGCCAUGAGUGCGGGUAUCCCAUCGAGGGCCGCUUCGUAGCGCUGAGCGGGAGCUCAGAGCGCUUCCACCCGCAAUGCUUCCGGUGCUAUACGUGCGGCACGAGCCUAGAAGCUCUCGAGAUCAGUCAUGAACCAGAUCACCUGUACGCCGCGCGUCUCGACCGCAUCCGCCGGCGCGCAGCGGGGGAAAUCCUCGAGGAGAAACCCGGACAGACGAUGGCCGAGGACGGCGACGAGCGCAUGCGCUUCUUCUGCCACCUCGACUGGCACGAGCACUUCGCGCCGCAAUGCAAGCACUGCAAGACGCCUAUCCUAGGCGACCACGUCGUCGCUCUCGGCGAGCACUGGCACUUCGGGCACUUCUUCUGCGCGGAAUGCGGCGACCCCUUCGAGCAAGGGAUGACGCAUAUCGAGAAGGACGGAUACGCGUGGUGCGUAGCCUGUCAGACGAAGCGCACGGAGCGGCGCGCGCCCAAGUGCAGACGGUGCAAGAAGGCCGUCAUCGGACAGUAUGUGCGCGCCCUGGGCGCCGAGUGGCAUGAUGAGUGCUUCCGGUGCGCGAACUGUGGUGGGGGAUUCGAUGACGGACAAAUCUUCCCUGUUGGCGAGGGCGAGAGGGCGAGGGUGCUGUGUACGGCGUGUCGCGCCCAGGAGCUGAAGAUGUGA